AAGGCGAAGCAAUCGCGGGAGCGGCUCACCAGCGGUAGUAGCUACGCCGGGGAGGAGGGGGCUGCGGGAAGACGCACAACAAAGCCAGCCGAGCCUUGUCUUGGGCGGGCACAGUUGCCGGGCAGGACUGGUGGCAGUGCAGCUGGGCUUUGUCCCUUAAAAGCCGGCCGGGUACCCACCCCCUUUUUGUGCAGCGAGCCAGCCAAGCAGCCUGCAGCUGUGCGGGAGGGACGCUUUGCAGUUUCCAAGGCACAGAUUAACCUUCAAGAUGUCCUUUGUGAGAGAUAUGGAGCUGGAACACUUUGAUGAGCGUGAUAAAGCACAGAGGUACAGCCGAGGGUCACGGGUGAAUGGCCUGCCUAGUCCAACCCACAGUGCUCACUGCAGCUUCUACCGAACCCGCACUCUACAGACCCUCAGCUCUGAGAAAAAAGCCAAGAAAGUCCGCUUCUAUCGCAAUGGGGACCGCUACUUCAAAGGGAUUGUGUAUGCCAUAUCCCCAGAUCGUUUCAGGUCUUUUGAGGCCCUGCUAGCUGAUCUGACCCGAACUCUCUCUGAUAAUGUCAAUCUGCCCCAGGGUGUGAGAACCAUCUAUACUAUUGAUGGUGUUAAGAAGAUUACCACCUUAGACCAACUGGUGGAAGGGGAGAGCUAUGUGUGCGGUUCAAUAGAGCCGUUCAAGAAGUUGGAGUACACAAAGAAUGUAAAUCCAAAUUGGUCGGUGAAUGUCAAAACCACCUCUGCUUCCCGCACAGUGCCCUCUCUUGCCACGGCCAAAGGAGGCCCUUCUGAUAUGAAGGAGAACAAGGAUUUCAUUAGACCCAAGCUGGUCACAAUCAUCCGAAGUGGUGUGAAGCCGCGUAAAGCAGUCCGGAUUCUGCUUAACAAGAAGACAGCACAUUCAUUUGAGCAGGUUCUCACUGAUAUUACUGAUGCCAUCAAAUUGGAUUCAGGAGUAGUUAAGCGCCUGUACACACUGGAUGGAAAACAGGUGAUGUGCCUUCAGGAUUUUUUUGGUGAUGACGACAUAUUUAUUGCAUGUGGACCUGAGAAGUUUCGUUACCAGGAUGACUUCUUGCUAGAUGAAAGUGAAUGUCGGGUAGUGAAAUCCACUUCCUAUACCAAAAUAGCUACAACACCACGUAGGAGCACUACCAAGAGCCCAGGUCCAUCUAGACGCAGCAAAUCUCCAGCAUCAACCAGCUCAGUUAAUGGAACACCUGGUAGCCAGCUUUCUACUCCCCGUUCUGGGAAGUCACCAAGCCCUUCACCCACCAGCCCAGGAAGCCUGCGGAAACAGAGGAGCUCUCAGCACAGCGGUUCCUCUACCUCACUAGCAUCUACCAAAGUCUGCAGCUCCAUGGAUGAAAAUGAUGGACCCGGUGAAGAAGUGUUGGAGGAAGGCUUCCAGGUUCCAGCCUCUAUAGCAGAGAGAUAUAAAGUUGGCCGGACUAUAGGAGAUGGAAAUUUUGCCAUUGUAAAGGAGUGUAUAGAAAGGUCAACUGGUAGAGAAUAUGCCCUGAAAAUCAUCAAAAAAAGUAAAUGUAGAGGAAAAGAGCAUAUGAUCCAAAAUGAAGUAUCCAUUUUAAGAAGGGUCAAGCAUCCUAAUAUUGUUCUUCUGAUUGAGGAGAUGGAUAUGCCUACAGAAUUAUACCUUGUCAUGGAACUUGUGAAGGGAGGAGAUCUUUUUGAUGCCAUAACCUCUACAAACAAAUAUACAGAGCGUGAUGCCAGUGGGAUGCUGUAUAACCUGGCCAGUGCCAUCAAAUAUCUUCAUAGCUUGAACAUUGUACAUAGGGAUAUCAAACCUGAGAAUCUAUUGGUUUAUGAACACCAAGAUGGAAGCAAGUCCCUGAAGUUGGGAGAUUUUGGACUGGCUACUAUAGUUGAUGGACCCCUUUAUACUGUCUGUGGGACACCUACCUACGUAGCUCCAGAAAUCAUUGCAGAAACUGGAUAUGGCCUGAAGGUGGACAUCUGGGCAGCUGGAGUGAUUACUUACAUCCUGCUUUGUGGGUUUCCUCCAUUCCGUGGAAGUGGAGAAGACCAGGAGGUUCUUUUUGAUCAGAUAUUGAUGGGGCAAGUAGACUUCCCAUCUCCAUACUGGGAUAAUGUUUCUGACUCAGCCAAGGAACUUAUCACUAUGAUGCUUCAGGUAGAUAUAGAUCAACGAUUCUCAGCCUUGCAAGUCCUCGAACACCCAUGGGUUAAUGAUGAUGGUCUUCCAGAGAAUGAGCAUCAGCUGUCUGUAGCUGGAAAAAUAAAAAAGCAUUUCAACACAGGCCCUAAGCCCAACAGCACAGCUGCUGGUGUCUCCGUUAUAGCACUGGACCACGGGUUUACCAUCAAGAGAUCAGGGUCAUUGGACUACUACCAACAACCAGGAAUGUAUUGGAUAAGACCACCGCUCUUGAUAAGGAGAGGCAGGUUUUCCGACGAAGACGCAACCCGGAUGUGAGGGGACAUUACAAGGCACAGCAAGCACCACCUGAACUCAACUCUGAAUCAGAAGACUAUUCACCAAGUUCAUCUGAGACUGUUCGCUCACCUAACUCACCCUUUUAAUAAAAAAUUUCUGCUGAAGGUCUUGGCUUAACCCUUUGAGAUUCUGGGGAAAAAAAUCCUCCAAACCUGUGUGCGCAACUGUUGCAUUUGAUUUUGUCUCUUAUUAGUUGCUUGAAUGAAGGAACCAGAGAGAGGGUGUUUACAGUAUCUUUGUAAUAAUAAUUUCCUAACUGACUGAAAUGGUCUUUGUUCUCUGUCUAGAUUGUGACUUGCUGCUAAUACGAUCCUCAAAGGGUUAAGACUAUUUUGCUUUUUUAAAUAUAUGAUAUAUAUAUAUAUUAUAUAUAAUUUUGAAAAGAGGAUAGAAGCAAUGAAUGUUUCCAUCAGUCAAGCUAGGAGCUACAGUUUGUAAAUCUAGCAUAUGUUAACCCUCUGAGUGCAUAAUCAUUUUAAAUCUACUUCCCUAAAUAGGGGCUCUGUCAUUCACAUACAUUUCUUGUUUUCAUAUAGCUCUUCAUUCAGUGGUCUGACCAAAGCGGUAGCCAAAUAUGGGCUGGGAUUUUUCUAGUCUUUUUUUUAAACUGUAAGGUUUCCGCUUCCCCAUGGCAACUGGAAAUUGAGUCUGGGCACUGGUACCUGAGUUGUGACAGAGAUCAAGUAACAGGUUUCAUUUCCUUGUGGGAUCGUAUAAAAUCUUGCUCACUGUUAAGUUUUCCAAAAAUAAAAUUGUAGCCUUCAUUUAUUGUAUUUCACAAAUCUAUUCCUAGACUCCCAUUUGACCACAAUCACUUGGUGAAAUGGUUGCUUGGGAGAAGAGGUGCCCAAGAACAGUCUACCAAGCAGUGGUGGGAUUCAAAUAAAUUUAACAACUGGUUGUAUACAAGCACCAUUUUAACAACGGGUUCUGCCAAAGUGGUGCGAACCUGCUGAAUCCCACCACUGCUACCAAGGGUUCGUGUGGCAAUGAUCUCAAAAUGGCUUUUUGCAAAACCCAGGUUGUUGGUUGCAAAGAAAUGUGUUUGAUGUCUAGGAAGAAAUGUCCUGUCAUCUGUUGUGCGUAUCCAGUUGCACUUCCUGCACAUUCUAUUUACAUGUAAACGUACACACAGAGAUCAUACUUGGGAGUCAGCAAUAAACACAGUCAGUUUUACAUACUGUGAAUUAUUCCUCUGGAUGUUGCUGUGGUGUUCUGUCUAUGGUGAAGGGUUCUGUACACAAAGACAGGAAAAUUGUGUUUUUAAAAAGAGGUGGUUAUUCUACAGAAAUUAGAACAGGCAGCUUUGAAAAAUCUCUCUUUUGUACUUUAAAAUUCCAAACCUUAAAAAAAGCCAAAACUCCCCCCCCCCCCCAGUGAAGUGUCUAGCAGUUGUUCAGAUGUGUUAAAAAUGUUUGUACAAAUAUGUUUACUGGAAUUCAGUACAAAUGUGGGGGUUCAUAGAGUGGGCAACUCCUAGAGCAAAUGUUCUCUUUCAUGGCUGUUUUCAGAAGGCAUAAACAAUUGGAAUUAAAUUGUUUUGUUAAAUAAUUCCAGUUCCAAAAUGUAAUAAAAAUGGUUCCUGUUCAUUGAAAGACAAGGGCUUUAGCAGAAGUGCAGGAUAUUCAAGUUUCACAUAUUGAAUGUUUGAGAAAAGUUGCUCUAGUCUGAUCCAGCAGGGCUCCCAGAUUCUUGCAAAGCAUAUUCAAUUAGGCACUUACAUGCAUAAACCCACUUCUUAGGUUUGGUAGAACGUAGGGUUCACUCUGCUGCAUGUUUAAUUUUAUUUACCUGGGCCAUGUGUGAACCAAUUCCCAGUUCUACUACUUCUUAUAUAGAGAGGGCAAUGUGUCAAGGAGGCCCUCCCUUAUGGUGUUUGUUUUUAUAAUUUAAGUAAAUGCCAUUCUAAUCUGCCAAUUAAUUAAAUGACUGCUUGUUCACAUUAUCAGUAUUUGGGAUGUGAAAUCUAUCCUGACUAGAGAAAAUAUCUAGAAAGCAUUCAUCCUUCCAAUCAGUUAUUUUAGAUUUUGAUUGCAUUUUACAUAAAUUGAAUUUUUCUGAGGUUUCUAGAAGAUAGGCAGUUUGGUUCUGUUGACCACCUUUUGCUACAGUAGUGCAAAAUACGCCAAAACUUGCCAGCUCUUGAAAUAUUUGCCAAACAAUAUCCAACUUAUUAUAUUAUUAUAUGCAAUAGUUAUUGCAUCUAUGGACUCCAAUGGAUGCCAUGGGGAAUUAUCAGUAAAGUCUUAAGGAGAGCUACACCUUUCGAAGCACAUUGAGUUCAAUGUAUUUAGAAGGACGUAGCACUAUUUGGGAUUGCACUGUAUGUUCACUUGCAGGUAUAAGUAAUUGUUUUUGCAUAACACAUUAGCGGAACAGCAAUGGUAAGCAAGCUGUUAGCUCAGAAACCUCUAUGGUUCUUUGUACUGCUGUUUGGACUCAUUCAGCAGAUCUUGUGGUCAUCUGGCUUGCAGCAUUGGCUCACAGAAUCUACUUGUAAAAGACAAUUGAGAGGGAAAGUCCAGAUGUAUCUAACUCUGAUGCUGCAUUAUUUUAAAAGUUUAAAAUGGUUACAGCAUAGAACAUAGAGAUUGUAUAUUAUCUCUAUGUUGACUAUGAUAAAAAAAUCUAAUCAGGUGCAUGCAAACAUCAAAAUCCAUUAUCCAAUGGUCAUAUACCUGUAUUCGUGAAGUCCAUACAUUUCCUACAAUAUCAAUUUGGCUUACUUAUCAUUGGUAUUAAUUCUACACUCUUGUGCAGGAACACAAAAAUCCACCUUCUAAGUUAAUUGAAUUCAUUGGGUUUAGUAACAUGGCAUUCAUUUACUAUUGCACUGUGUGCCCCUUGGUAGGUGUCUGUAAUUGCACACAUGAAGACCACCUUCCCCAAAUAACAGAAUGUUGCAUCCAUUAUAAUUUCUAUGCAGGAACAUAUGAAUAAAGCUUUUGAGAACAGGUGUGAAAUGACAGACUCAGAGCUGUGAAAUGAUUGGAACUUUAUCUCAAGCACUUGCUAAAAUUGGUCUAAUAAAUUAGUCAAAUAAAUUCUUCAUUCUGGAUCCAUGUACAAGUCAACUUUUUUCAUUUUUUCCUAAAAGAAGAUGAUUUUGAACACUGACAUGUAUUCUUUUGGUUAUAUAUUUUUUUAUUCUGCAGACACAGGGAUCCACAAACCUUUGUUCAAACAAGGGAAAGUCACCUUGGUGAAAUUUAGAGUUGGCAAGGAUUGUCCUCAAUAGAUGACAAUCAUGUUCCUAGUAAAAUAUUGACUCCACAGUAGCCAGAAGUUUACCCAAAAUCCAUACUUGCAGCUGGAGUCACCAGAAGAUAAAUAUGAAGGAGGAACACAAUAUGAAGGAGAAACCCUAGACCAGUGGUGGCAAACCUUUGGCACUCCAGAUGUUAUGGACUACAAUUCCCAUCAGCCCCUGCCAGCAUGGCCAAUUGGUUCACCACCACGGCCCUAGACUCUGUCAAUCUUUGGAUUAUUUUAAUUUUUCUUUUCAUGUUAGGAUUAGCAGUUGUCUGGAAGAACAAUGUAGACAGUUUGCAAGCUGCAAGCAUAAAAAAUGGCACAAAAGAUGGCACAAGCCACACAUGAACCUAAGGUUGCCACAGGUCUCCAGCAUCCCAACCCAAGAGACCAGAACUUAGUGAUGGGACCUGGUGAUAUCAAAUUGAAUAGCAAUACCAAAGGGAAUACUUCCAUACACUGCUAAGGGUUGCACCUUAUAAGUGAAUGUGUAUCACAACUCAUAUGCCCUUUCUGCACAGCCAUGUUGGCCAUUGGUGUUACUGGCAAUGCUGCAGCAACAGAACGUUUGCAUGGGCAGGCGCUCCGUGGAUAGGUAGCGCAUCGGCUGAACCGCAGUGUUCACAUGGCUGCACUUUGCAAAUGGCGUCCUUUCUUCCCCAGGGUAGAUGUCACAGGCGUUCGGCACAAGGAUUGGCCAGUGUAGGCUGCCAUUGUGGGGGACGGGCUCUGUGGCACUGAUUCCUGGUGGGCGCUUUGCACGAUGCUGGCUGCAGAGCGCCAUUUUUUACAAGACUCACUCAUUGAGUGAUUUUCUAAUACACCAUUGUGGGGCCACUGGAACAAUGUUGCAUCGCUGCAGCCUUGUUUCUGCAGUGGCGGACAUGCAAACCCUUCGCCCGUAAUGCUGGCCAAUAAGGUGUCAUAAACCAAUCUAGUCCUAUGGAGAGCUUUCAGGUAUUUGGGGAGUUUCUGGCGUUUGCUGCUUCCCCACACCCCUGGAAGUCCUUUGAAGGUGGCACAGCAGCAGCCAUGUCCCUGGCUGCCAGGGGCCUAUGGACUGAGCUAGUAGUAAGUUUCAGAACAUGAUGGUAAUUUGGAUCUAGGUCUUUCCAGUUCCAGUCUAGCACUCUAUUAAAAACAUUUCUACGCCCCCUCCCCUUUUUCAGAUAAUUAUUGGAAGCAGGUGUGCACAAAAAUCAUAAAAGAAGCCACUGACAGCCUGAGAUUUCAACCCAUGGUACUGUGUUGAAUUUGAGUUCCAUGGUGAAAAGUAGAGACUUGAUACCAAUGGAUAAAACAGUUUUCCUUUCUUACAUUAUGUAGAUUUGCUAGGGAAGUCUUGAUUAUUUUUCUUUAAUAACAUAAACAAUGUAUCUACAUUUAUUUGCACAUCAUAUAUAAUUUGCAAUGUUGCUUUAAGAGUUGCUCAUUGGUAAAUUAAUCAGCUGCGGGUGCAAUACUAUGCACUUGUCUAAGCAUAUGCUGGAUUGUGUGUAAAUUUUUAGCUGAGAAUCUGCUGGGGUCAAGAUAAAAAGAAACUUUACAAAAUGGUUUUGGAAGGGUAGCUGUGUUGGCCUGCAAUAGAUGGGAUAGAUAAAAAGGAACCUUGGACCCCUGAAAGUUUGUACCCUGAAAAUUUGUGCUACUGGACCCAAAUACAGGUCUUUAAUAAGUGGAACUGCUAAUUAAAAGGCAAGCAUUUAAAUUUUCAAGUAUUUAAAUAUUCAGCUAUUUUAGCCAGAAAUUAUUUUAAAAGGCUUUUGCUGCUUGUCUAGGGUAACUUUUAUUAAACCCUAGAUUAUUGUGCACUUCGUUACCUUAAAUUGGCACCUCUAUUUAGAUUUUGUAAAAUGCAAAUUUAUCAUAAGUGUUCAAUUGAUUUAAACACAAAUGAUUAAUUUACUACACAUUAUUGAAUCAGUUGACAGCCCUAAUUGUAACACAAAGAGAUCUAUCCAUCCAUAUAUAUCCAUUUAAUCAAUGGUUGUGGCUCCAAUUUUGAAUGGUAAACUUCUAAAUCAAUUAUAACUCAGAGUAUCUGACCCUGCGAAACAAUUAGAGAUUCAUGAUUGAACCUAACAUUGAUUUAUGGCCAAAGGACCUUACUCACAUGGUCUGUGUAUGUUAUUAUGAAAACUCACAUAAUAUUCUUCCUGUUAGAAUCAAUGCUAUCUUGCAGCACAAAGACACUUGCUUGGCCGUAAAGGUCCAUCAGUAACAUGCAUUCUUUGAUUUGUUGGAGAAAAAAUAACACUUUGAAAGCCAAGAAAUUCAUUCUUCUUGAUUAGAGGAAGUGAGUGGAUAGAAAACCAGGCAUAAAAUGCUUCAUAUUACAAUUGUGCUGCCGCGUGUGAAAUCAGUGCUGAGUCUUUCCAUCACCUCUGUUUUUAUUCUGGAAUUCAGGGAUAGCAUUAAAAAAAGAUGUUGAAGUCUCUUUCAUCCUCCAGCCAUAUUAUACCAAUUACAGGCAUAAAAUCCCAUCCCCCUGUUGUCCACUGCCAACCUCAUACAAAUGUUUGAUUGCUGGCUCAUGUUUUAUUGGCACUAAAUCUAUAAAAUCUUUUAGAAGUCAUUCCUGGGUCCUGGUGAGAGGAUAUGCUUUGAAUUUUCAAACCCCUCCAGUUGAGUGGUUCGAAUGUUUUCCAAAGCAAGCUGCUGAAAGUACAAUGCCAAAGCUGAUUUUUAAGUGCAGACCAUUACUUGCAUUAGGAAGUACAUAGUGAGAAAUCCAUUGAAGAGUUUAUCCAGUGCCUGGUUGGAUUUUUGUUAGAGAAGCAUAAAGGAUUAAAUGUUACCUGAAAUGUUUUUGUAAUAUCUACUGACGAUAUGAAAUGUGACAAUAAUUUCACUGAGCAAAGGUUACAAUACAAUUUAUUAGACAAACAUGGAAGAAAAAAAACAUCUUGGAAUCUGGCAGGAUUUUCUUUCUGAACCUCUAUUCACAUAUGCAUGUUUGUAACUUGAUGACUGCAACAUGUUGUGCUUUCUUGCAUGUGGGAAAGAGUCGUCAUAGAUCAAAAACCAAAGACAGUGGUUUCAUAUUGCUUCAAACACAGUCCUUUCAGUGUAGGCAGUUCACACAAUCAGCUGUGAGUCAAGUGUUGAGUGAUCAGGUGAUAUAUGCACAUAUGUGAACCAGCCCUGAGUAGCAGGUCAUAUUGGUGCUAAAUAAAAUAUCAAAGAAAACAUAACUGUACUGAAUGUGUGCAAUACAUCAAUGUUGUGUCCAACAGAACAUAUCAUAUCUUCAUGACCUCCAGAGUAAUUGGUGUUAGCUGUAGAAAGAGCUCUCUUACAUUUGUGGUAGGACUAUCUGUGUCCAUUGCUUUCUGAUCCUUUUGGAACACUGGGAGGUGAACUGUACAAUCCAAAUCAGCCAAUCCAUUUGCCAGAUAUCAAUUUGUCAGUGCUUAUCCAUGAAAACCAUUUUGAUUAUUUGUACUCAGAGGGUUAAUACAAGAGCACAAGGCAUGCCGAUUACAUUUGGUGUCUUCAAACUGCUUUGCUGUUAUAGCCAGUGUUUGCUACGUUUUUUUAAAAAAUUAUUAUUAUUAUUAUUAUUAUUAUUAUUGUUAUUCCAAAAUUCUUGAAAACGUUGAAGUUGAAAAAUAUACUUUAAGUGGUGGUGUUCAAAGA